GCGAAGAUGCUCAAAGUCACGACGCCCUCGUGCUCCGCCUCGUCCUGCUCCUCGGUCACCGCCACCGUGGCCCCGGGACCCGGGAGCCUGGUGCCGGAUUACUGGGUCGACGGCUCCAACAGGGAUGCUCUGGGCGAUUUCUUCGAGGUGGAGUCGGAGCUGGGACGGGGUGCUACAUCCAUUGUGUACAGAUGCAAACAGAAGGGGACCCAGAAGCCUUAUGCUCUCAAAGUGUUAAAGAAAACAGUGGACAAAAAAAUCGUAAGAACUGAGAUAGGAGUUCUUCUUCGCCUCUCACAUCCAAACAUUAUAAAACUUAAAGAGAUAUUUGAAACCCCUACAGAAAUCAGUCUGGUCUUAGAACUCGUCACAGGAGGAGAGCUGUUUGACAGGAUUGUGGAAAAGGGAUAUUACAGUGAACGAGAUGCUGCAGAUGCUGUCAAACAGAUCUUGGAGGCAGUUGCUUACCUACAUGAAAAUGGGAUUGUCCAUCGUGAUCUCAAACCAGAGAAUCUUCUCUAUGCAACUCCAGCACCAGAUGCGCCACUCAAAAUUGCUGACUUUGGACUCUCCAAAAUCGUAGAACAUCAAGUACUCAUGAAGACAGUAUGUGGAACCCCAGGGUACUGCGCACCUGAAAUCCUUAGAGGCUGCGCCUAUGGACCCGAGGUGGACAUGUGGUCUGUGGGGAUAAUCACCUACAUCUUACUUUGUGGAUUUGAACCAUUCUAUGAUGAGAGAGGCGAUCAAUUCAUGUUCAGGAGAAUUCUGAAUUGUGAAUAUUACUUUAUCUCCCCCUGGUGGGAUGAAGUAUCUCUGAAUGCCAAGGAUUUGGUCAGAAAAUUAAUUGUGUUGGAUCCUAAGAAAAGGCUGACUACCUUUCAAGCUCUCCAGCACCCAUGGGUCACAGGUAAAGCUGCCAAUUUUGUACACAUGGAUACUGCUCAAAAGAAGCUACAAGAAUUCAAUGCCCGGCGCAAGCUCAAGGCAGCAGUCAAGGCCGUGGUGGCCUCCUCCAGGCUCGGCAGCGCCAGCAGCAGCCACAGCGGCGUCCAGGAGGGCCGGGCCAGCCGGGAGCCGUCUCCACCUCAGGCUGGCGAUGGGGGCGUCUCGGGGGGCGAGGGGUCCCCGGGGGCAGCCGAGGGGGCCAGCGGAGUGGAGCUGCCAGAGGUGCAGGUGGGGGAGGAGGAAGGCAGUGCUGAUGGAGACGCCGCGGCCCCCAGGGUGGAGCCCCAGGCGUCAGAGGAGGAGAUGGAGGAGGCCGGCCCGGAGACGGAGGGGCCCACUGGAGCCGCGGCAGCCCCGGAAGGACGGGAGGAGGACCCUGCCCUGGAGGGCGGAGCUCAGCAGGGUCACGCGGUCCCGCCGGAGGACUAG